AUGGAGGAAGAUCCCAAUCAGCAUGUGCUGCAUAAAAUGCAGACCAUUUGCCACUCCAACUUCCAUCGCAUGGUCCAGCUGUGGUGCACGAUGUUCGACGAUCACAUCUGCGCCGAUUACACGCAGCGGCUGCCGGAGCAUAUGUUGGCGUUUUUUGACGAGGUAUACGACGAAAGCUAUCAGCGCAAGCUGCGGAUCGAGGAGGACAUCGCAAAGCUCAAGCAGGAGGCAUACGAUCUGCAGCGGUUGUUGAAUGAACCGGCCGAGCAACUUAUACCGGAAGAAAUCGGUGUUCCGCUGCUAACCCUACAAACGCAGCUCGAUUGCAGUUUGGAGCUAAUGAGAUUGAAACUUCGCGAGCGGCACGAAGCGAUCGACGAUUACCUGCUCGAAGCGGAAACAUUAUGCGAAGAACUGGGUGAAGUGCCGAAAGAGCUGUCGAAAGACCCGUUGCCUACGGAGGAGCAACUGGUGGCGUACCGGUCCUAUCUGAACGAGUUGAUCGCAGAAAAACAAAGCCGUUUCGAGGAGAUCGCAUCGCUGCGCCGUGAAACCAAGGCGUGGAUGGCCGACCUGGAAAUUAUCCCGCAAACGGAGUCCGAAAAGCGGCUCCUGAAUGCACGCAAAUUUCCACCGACCAAUGCCAACCUAGCAGGAUUGCGCCUGCUGCACGAAGAAAUGGCCGCCCAGUACGCCGAGCUGCGGCGACUGAUCGACGAGAAGCAAAAACAGCUCGAGCGGCUCUGGGAGUGCCUCGAGACGGAUCUGGCUACCGUGCACAAGUUUCAGAAGCUAACCGCUUACACGCAGACCACUUUCGAUAAGCUGUUCGCAGAGCACGAUCGCUGCGAGACGCUGCGCCGCCAAAAUAUGAAGGCCGUCGUCGAGCGGAUACGCCAGGAGAUUAUCGUUUGGUGGGAACGGUGCCUCAAGUCGACCGAUGAGCGGGCCCGUUUUACCACCUUUAAAGCUGAUAUCUACAACGAAGACACACUGACGCUGCACGAAAUGGAGCUGGCCGAUCUGAAGGAGUACUAUCAGGCGAACGAGGCCAUUUUUCAGAUGGUCGAGGAACGCCAGAGUAUGUGGAACCGGAUGCUGGCGUUGGAGAACAAAUCGAACGACCCGGGCCGAUACAACAACCGCGGUGGCAAGCUGCUGGAGGAGGAACGCGAACGGCGUCGCAUUAGCUCGCUGCUACCGAAGGUGGAAGCCAAGCUGAUCGAUGCCUGUCGCCAGUACGAGCUCGAACACGGUCGUCCGUUCACGAUCAAUGGACGGAGUUUGCGGGAAAUGAUCGACGAUCAGUGGAAGCAGCGCGAGGAGAACAAACAUUUGCACUCGAGUGCACGGAAAAAGGCAAACUGUUCGGGCGUCCCGGGUUCGGCCGGGCGCACUCCGCGGGUCGGAGAAUCCUUGGUGAGAGCGGGAUCUUCUACGACACUCUUUUCGGGCAGCCGUUGCCGGUUGCCGUCGGCCAGCACGUUCGGAUCGGCACUGAAAGUACCCACUACGCCAUUAUUGUCCGCUUCGAAGCACCUCCGAUCCGGAGGUGGUGGUUCUAUGAUGAAACGCAAAAUGGUCGCGACCCCGACCAACGUGAUCCACGCCAAGCGAUCGCUCCUACGCCAGCUCAAUAGUCCGACGGUGGCCGGUGGUGGUGUGGGACUAGUAGUGCCGAAGGCAGCUCCGGGAAAGCUUCCGGCGAUUAAAGUUUACGACACCAAGGUCGCUGGAUGCGUCGUACAAAAGCGGCGUUCACGUCGCAAAUCGCAAACCAAGCGCAGGAGCAUCAACACAAAAGGAGCAGCGCCUUCCGUCAGUGUCAGCUCUACGGAGGGCACAAUCCUGCAGGAUUCCGUGUCGUACGAAAAGUUCGAGACCUUCUUUGCAAACAAUGUUCCGAACCGUUCGUCGGUGGUGACCCGUCAAGCAGCUGCGGCGCAACAGAAACACAUUCUGCUUACCGUGAAUGGUCAACCUUUGAGCAACUGCCUGGAAGAGGAAGAAAAUCUAGCACCGUCCCCGCACACCCUGGCGCAGCCGCCCAUUGCUUCGUCCACCAACCUCGCACUAAGUCUUCGGUCACCGGGCGCACACUCAACAUCGAUCGCUUCGACAACACGGAGCGGCUCCCGACGACUGAAACCGGCGCUCAAGAACUGUCCCAUCAUUUUCUAA